AUGGUGAAGAUGCUCUGCUUUGCGGGCAGCUGUCUCUAUAAAUAUUUCACCCACGAGCUGACCAGAAUUACUUUAGAGCCAGGGAACAGAAUGUCCAGUGAAAACGUCGUUGAGAAGAGCAAUGAUACGUCUGCCACCUCGCCUGUUUCACAGGAGGUUCCAAUGCCAGCUACGGUUCAGUCGGCUGUUGCCGUCGAUGGAGAUCAGAUCGAUCAAAAUGUAGUUCUACAACGCUUAAUUUCGAUUCGUGAUCAGAAGCGGAAACUGCUCGAUGCCAUGAAUCUUCUGAAAAACGGCGAUGAAAAAGCCAAGCGUCAGCAGUACUGUGAAACGGUAGACCAAGCUGAAUCGGAUGAAAAGAAAGAAGGGAUUGAAGCUCCUCAAAAGGAAAUCUCAGGUGUUGGUGAGGUUGCGACACCAAAAUCCAAACCUAAACCUGCCCAACAGAUUCCUGCUACUGUGCCUCCACAGACUCUAACGAAACCGAGUGUUCCUGUUGCCAAGGAUGCAGAUUCUGAAAAAGAUACGACUGUCACACCAAACGUAACGCCAGUGGAAGACGGAUCUGAAAAUGGCGAAGCGCUGCCCGGUGCUGAGGAGAUGCUCAACAAAGAGUACGAAGCGUUGGUUAAUCGGAGACAGGAGCUGGAACGACUGAGGGACCAGUUAGCGUUCAUGAAGCAGAUGUGCGCGGACACUGGGCAUGCGGGUAUUGCGUUGAUUUUGGCUCUUCCAGCUUUGAUUGUCAGACGUCUUUCGACCCGGGCGCUCGAUUUGGCUUAG